AACAAAGCAAAAUAAUGAAAAAAGAUCAGAGGUUUUACAGACAUUUGCCAAAAGAAAAUUUGAAAAGAAAACAAAUUCAAAAGGCGAUAUUGUACUUAACCACCGAAUGAGAAAUCUGAUUACUGAGAAAGAUUUCUCCUCGUCGAAAAUAACUGAAAUAACACCAAUGUUUAACAUAAUGAUCGUUCUGCUGUGUGUCAACUCAAAAGGCAGUUUGAAAAUCUUCUAAGUAAAAAGAAGAAGAAAAGUGUGCGAGUGAAAAUACCUUCCUUCAAACACCCCGCCAAGUCUUAAAUAAAUUCUGAUGCGAGUCAAUGAAUGUUUACGGCAGAAUUCAUAAUAAAACAUUUUAUCACAACAAUUUACUUUCUUUUUCGGCAAUUAUCCAGCUUCGAAUGAUCGGGAUGUAAUGGUGCUAUCAUUAUUUAACAGAAUGCCGAUAAAUAAACAAAUAAUAAAACAUGAUGAUUUUGAAUAUUACAAAUGACUGAUUUGGUAUUAUUAGCCAUAUGAUUACCUCCUUUUUUGCUAUUUCAAUUUCCUUCUGGUAUCCACAGUUAAUUAAUCCACAUGGUACAAUUAAGUUACAUACGAGUAUAUUCGCUAGAUAGACACUAAAAUAGGUAAUUAAAGCUCUAUAUCGUUAUAUAGACGUUAACAUAUUCAUUUAUUCAAAGGAAGUAUUCAGAAGUGAUUCAAUGGUAGCAAUGAGUUGGUUAACAGAGAUUCUCGCCAGUUUGUUUGGAAUGAUUUGGUUUGUCAACUGUCAAAUUGACGUCAAAAGCAGCCACUUUCAGCUUGUCAGACCGGAAGUCCGAACUUUAGUAACACAUGGAGAUAAUAUUACGUAUGCGUUUAGUAUUACCUUUAAUUUGUCUACAGCCGCUGAUGAUGUGUCCAUUGUUGUUAAUGGUUCCAGUUUAUUGGUUCUGGACAGCUCUGACCUACAGAAAACCAACUUCACAUGGCAAACACCGGACGGACUUGCAGUAGAAACGGAUGGCUUGAAUUUAGCUGUUGAAGUUAUCAAGGAAUCGGCACUGCACCCGGUCCCAGAAUUAGACAUUCAGUUUUCUACAAGUUAUGGUUCGCUGAACCUGCAAAGUAUGGCGGGUCAAAUAGAACUUCACGUUGCCGAUACAGCUGCACUUGGUUGCCUAUUGCGUCCCAUUAUGUAUAUUUUCUUUUUUUCGGAAGCUGCUCUGGUUCACCAAACAAUUAUACUUGGAGAAUAUGUCUUCAUGGAAUUACCGGGAGUUAAAAUAUCGUUACCAGAACCAGACUAUUUGGACAUGAAAGAGAGGUCCACGAUAAUAUCAAGCGUACGUUUGCCAACAAUCCCUUUAGAAGCAUCUUCACUUAGUGUAUACAUGCCGAGAAAUAUUUCGUCACCUUUUAAAUCAGCAAGUGCACCUUAUGGCAAGUACAUGUUUAUAAUACUGCAUUACUUUUUUUUAACUUGUUGAAACGGAUAACGAUAUCAUUUAUUUAGA